AGAGAGAAAAGGAGAAGAAUCAUCCUCAUCUCUUCAUUUCCCUCCACAGAUCUCCAAAUUCUCCCCCUCAAGGAACCCUAAUUUUCCUUUAUCUACAACUUUCUCUUCCCUGAUCGAACAAUCUCUUCACCGCCGAUGAUGAUGUUUCUAGCAGUUUCAUGAAUCUUCUUCUCCGCCCUACUCUUUCCGUUCAUGGACCAAGGCGGUUUCUACGAUGCCUGAGCUGCGUCUCCGCGCACGCAGAAAUCGGGCCUCCAACAACCCUUACUCCAACGCGAUUGUCGCCGAGCCGGAUAACAAGCUCAGUGUUCGCACUCGACAGAGGAGAACUGCACACAAGAGGAAGCAGAAGAAGCCGAUCGUUUCCGUUGACGACAAGGAGGUUAACGGGGGCAAUAAUUUCGUAGAUAACGCUGCUGGAUUGGAGGCGAAACCGCCUAGAGUACAGGAAGAAGAGGAGAAUAACGAGCUUAGGGUUUUGAAGGAGGAAGUUGCCGAGAAAAUGGAUGAGUACGAUAGUGGCGGCCGUAGCGGGGAUAAGGGUCCUGGAGCUGAGGAUGAAGGAAGCACAGCUCCGCUUCCGGAGAAGGUCCAAGUAGGUGGCUCCCCACUGUACCGGAUGGAAAGAAAACUGGGGAAAGGAGGAUUUGGGCAAGUUUAUGUUGGUAGACGAAUUGGCCCUACAGGUUUAAAUGAAAGAACUGGUCCAGGACCAUUAGAGGUAGCCUUAAAAUUUGAGCAUCGAAGCAGCAAAGGAUGUAACUACGGACCACCAUAUGAGUGGCAAGUGUACAAUGCACUAGGUGGCAGUCAUGGUGUGCCUCGAGUUCAUUUCAAGGGCCGGCAAGGUGACUACUAUGUCAUGGUCAUGGAUAUGCUUGGACCUAGUUUGUGGGAUGUUUGGAAUAACAACUCACACACGAUGUCGAUUGAAAUGGUUGCAUGUAUUGCAAUUGAGGCAAUCUCAAUACUGGAGAAGAUGCACUCCAAAGGAUACGUGCAUGGUGACGUGAAACCUGAGAAUUUUCUCCUCGGUCCUCCAGGAACUCCUGAUGAGAAAAAGCUGUUUCUUGUUGACUUAGGAUUAGCAACCAAGUGGCGAGAUAAUUCAACUGGCCAGCAUGUUGAGUACGAUCAGCGCCCUGAUGUUUUCAGGGGAACAGUGCGGUAUGCUAGUGUGCACGCUCAUCUUGGGAGAACAGGUAGCAGGAGAGAUGAUUUGGAAUCUCUUGCUUACACACUCAUUUUUCUCCUCCGUGGCCGACUACCUUGGCAAGGAUACCAGGGAGAAAAUAAAGGCUUCCUUGUUUGCAAGAAAAAGAUGGCCACUUCCCCUGAAACUUUGUGUUGCUUUUGCCCUACUCCUUUCAGACACUUUGUUGAAUAUGUGGUGAAUUUGAAGUUUGAUGAGGAACCCAAUUAUGCAAAGUAUAUCUCCCUUUUUGAUGGAAUAGUUGGCCCAAACCCAGAUAUUCGACCAAUAAAUACAGAUGGUGCUCUGAAGCUUAUAUAUCAAGUAGGACAUAAGAGGGGAAGGUUGACCAUGGAGGAGGAAGAAGAUGAACAGCCGAAGAAAAAGGUUCGAAUGGGGAUGCCUGCAACCCAAUGGAUCAGUGUGUACAAUUCCCGAAGGCCUAUGAAGCAAAGAUAUCAUUACAAUGUGGCUGAUAUGAGGCUCUCCCAACAUAUUGAGAAAGGAAAUGAAGAUGGGCUAUUUAUCAGCAGCGUGGCUUCUUGUACAAACCUAUGGGCCUUAAUUAUGGAUGCUGGCACUGGCUUCACUGCCCAAGUUUAUGAACUUUCUCAGUAUUUUCUUCACAAGGAAUGGAUUAUGGAGCAAUGGGAAAAGAAUUACUACAUCAGUGCAAUAGCUGGAGCUAAUAAUGGGAGCUCAUUGGUUGUGAUGUCAAAGGGGACUCAAUACCUGCAGCAAUCUUAUAAAGUUAGUGAUUCAUUCCCUUUUAAGUGGAUCAACAAAAAAUGGAGGGAGGGCUUUUAUGUGACUGCCAUGGCCACCGCUGGAACUAGAUGGGCAAUUGUUAUGUCACGUGGUGCUCCAUUUUCUGAGCAGGUUGUGGAAUUAGAUUUUCUCUAUCCUAGUGAAGGUAUUCAUAGGAGGUGGGAUGGUGGUUAUCGAAUCACAUCAACUGCAGCAACUUGGGAUCAAGCUGCUUUUGUUCUCAGCAUUCCGAGAAGAAAGCCAGCAGAUGAAACUCAAGAGACUCUUCGAACUUCUGCUUUUCCUAGUAGUCAUGUCAAGGAGAAAUGGGCGAAAAAUCUUUAUAUUGCAUCAGUCUGUUAUGGCCGAACUGUUUCAUGAGCUGCCAGAGUUUUGUUUAUAUGCCAAUCAUUUUAUUUGAUCACUUGCUCGUGCAACUGCGGACAUCAUUACUGCUUCAUUUUCAGAACUACCCCCUUAAGUACGAUUGACUGACUGCAGCAUUUGGGAGUUGAUGUAUGCAAAAUUCUACUUUAUUAUCACCAUCAUGUAUCACCUAUUCAAGCACCUGUGCACUGCCAUUCAAUUAUGGGAAAAUGCAAAUGAGCUAAUGCUUUAUGUCCAUGCCUAUCUGGUGGGGUUGUUCUUACCAGUUUUACAGGUUUUUGUAUAGUCUUGAAGAAUAGGUUGAAGGCAUGUGCACAGGGUAUAUUUUGAUUGUUGAUGGUGUUCAAGAAACAUGCGAUCACAAUUAUGCAUUAGACUCUAGAUGCUGAGUCAUUCACUCUUUACCAUGUCUUACCUUAUAUUCCAGACUAGAAGAUCUCUAUGAUCUCACAUCUCUUAGCUUUCUUGAUGUCUGAAUUUGACCAUAAAGAAUGUUACUUAUUUUGUGUAUCUGAAGUGUGUGUACUUUCUUAUAAAUUAUCCUUUUAAACUCAUCUUUAUAGAGCUAACACAAUGCAUGGAGUAGUUGCCCAUCUAAAUGACAUGCGGUUAGUUUGAAUAUCACUAUUCAAAAACAUGCCUAACGUUAACACUUUCCACGCAGUGGACAACCCCCCCACUUCCCUUAUGAUUUUGU